CCGCUGCCUAGUCUCAACGGACGCGUUAACCCGUACGGUACAUUCAAGAGGUUUUUUUAAGUGCAAAGUGUAAAGUGAAUAAGUGCUGGUAAAUUCUUACGGUCCGUGUUAUCAUGGCGCCAAAGAAACCCAUUCUAUAUAAAUGGCGUUUGUAAGUGAACUCUGGAAUUCUCUCGUUGGCGGCAACGACAAGCAGGACGCUUGGCACGAAUUAUCUCGGUACUACUUCGAUGACAGUAGAAAAUACUUCUCAGUAUCAGAGAUUGACCAGGAAGCUAUACCGAUAGUGUUCUCCGAAACCCAUAAGAUUAGUUUCAAUAGACACGGGUUUGGAUACGAUUUUACGCCGUUGAAUUUCGUCACAGUUUAUCAUAUUGAUAGUAGAAGAGCCGAGGUCAAAAUGCCAUCAGGCCACAUAGACCAGCCUCAGAUCGAGGACAACAGAGACGGUACUGUCAGCAUCAAGUAUGAGCCUCGCGAGGAGGGAGUUCACGAGCUUCUCGUCAAGUACAAUGGUGAACAUGUGCAAGGCUCUCCCUACAAGUUCCACGUAGACUCCAUAUCCUCAGGCUACGUCACAGCCUACGGCCCUGGUCUAAUCAAUGGUGUCAGCGGUGAGCCCAGCGAGUUCACCAUCAGCACCAAGGGAGCCGGCUCUGGUGGGCUUUCCAUGGCUGUGGAGGGACCUAGCAAGGCUGAGAUCACCUGCCAUGACAACAAGGACGGUACCGUGUCGGUGUCCUACUUGCCGACUGCUCCUGGGGAGUACAAGAUCUCCGUCAGGUUUGGAGACAAGCACAUCAAGGGCUCGCCUUACACUGCUAAGGUGACUGGUGAGGGUCGCAAGAGGAACCAGAUCUCGGUGGGCAGCUGCAGUGAAGUCACCCUCCCUGGCAAGAUCAGUGACAAUGACAUCCGUACCCUCAACGCUUCCAUUCAGGCGCCUUCAGGUCUUGAAGAGCCCUGCUUCCUCAAACGUCUGCCAUCUGGCAACAUUGGCAUCAGCUUCACUCCUCGCGAGGCUGGUCAGCACAUCGUCUCCGUCAAGAAGAUGGGAGUCCACAUCCAGAACUCUCCAUUCAACAUCACUGUGCUGGCUCAGGAAGUUGGUGAUGCUAAGAAAGUCAAGGUUUCUGGCACCGCGCUGAAGGAAGGCAAGACCCACAGUGAGAACACCUUCUCAGUAGACACCAGGAAUGCUGGUUAUGGUGGUCUUUCCCUCUCCAUUGAAGGUCCCAGCAAGGCUGAGAUCCAGUGUGCCGACAGCAAGGAUGGAGUAUUGGCUAUCAGCUACAAGCCCACAGAGCCAGGAUACUAUAUCGUCAACCUGAAGUUCGCUGAUCAUCACGUGGAAGGAUCUCCCUUCACUGUCAAGGUGACUGGUGAGGGUAGCAACAGGCAGCGAGAGAAGAUCCAGAGGCAGAGGGACCCUGCUCCUCUCACGGAGGUCGGCACCAACUGCAAGCUCACCUUCAAGAUGCCUGGCAUCACGUCCUUCGACCUGGCAGCCACCGUGACCAGCCCUGGUGGAGUCUCCGAAGAUGCUGAGAUCCAGGAGGUGGAAGACGGCCUCUACUCCGUCCACUUCGUGCCCAAGGAGUUGGGAGUCCACACCGUGUCUGUCAAGUACAGGGAGAUCCAUAUUCCUGGAUCACCCUUCCAGUUCACAGUAGGACCUCUGCGUGACUCCGGAGCUCACUUAGUCAAAGCUGGAGGCCCCGGCCUCGAGAGGGGUGAAGCCGGGCGCUUCAACGAGUUCAACGUAUGGACCAGGGAGGCCGGAGCAGGCCAGCUCGCGAUCUCUCUGGAGGGACCUAGUAAGGCUGAAAUAGACUUCAAGGAUAGGAAGGAUGGAUCCUGUGAUGUGUCUUACAAAGUUGAGGAGCCUGGUGAAUACCGCAUCGGUCUCAAGUUCAACGAGCAGCACAUCCCUGACUCUCCCUUCAAGGUGUACAUCUCGCCAGCAGUGGGAGACGCUCACCUGCUGGAGGUUGCCCAGUUCCCAGACUCCGCGCAAGUGGACAAGCCCACCCAGUUCUAUAUCAGGCUCAACGGCGCUAAGGGUAGCUUGGAUGGCAGGGUAAUCUCCCCGUCAGGCAAGACUGACGACUGCUUCAUCCAGAACAUCGAUGGAGACCAGUACAGUAUCAGGUUCAUGCCAAGGGAGAAUGGAGUACACAACAUCAACGUCAAAUUCAAUGGUGUCCAUAUUCCGGCUUCUCCUUUGAGGAUUAAGGUUGGAAAGGAUGAUGCUGACCCCGCGGCAGUCCACGCUCACGGUCCUGGUUUGGGAUCCGUAAAGACUGGUGUGAAGACAGACCUUAUUAUUGACACCUGCAAUGCUGGCGUUGGUCUACUGGCUGUCACCAUGGACGGACCUUCCAGGGUCGCCAUGGACUGCACAGACGUCGACGAGGGUUACAAGGUGCGAUACACGCCUCUUGCCCCCGGCUUCUACUACAUGAGCAUAAAGUACAACGGUGCUCACAUCGUCGGCUCUCCGUUCAAGAUCGAAGCUACUGGUGCAAACCUAGCAGAAAUCGGAGCCCAAGAAACAUCAUCAGUGACAGUAGAAACAGUUCAGAAGGUGGCCAAGUCCAUGCAGAAGCAGGGUCCAGUACUGCCAGCCUUCAAGUCUGAUGCUACGAAGGUGACCAGCAAGGGCAUGGGUCUGAAGAAGGCAUAUCUGAAUAAGCACAACCAGUUUACCGUUCAUGCUGGUGAUGCUGGUAACAACAUCCUCUACGUCGGUAUCUAUGGCCCCAAGGGUCCCUGUGACGAGGUCCAGCUCAAGCAUAAAGGUAAGAACAACUAUGAAUGCUGGUACGUCGUCAGAGACAGGGGAGAUUACAUCGUCAUCGUCAAGUGGGGAGAUGAACAUAUUCCCGGAUCCCCCUACAAGGUUGAGGUUUAAGGGAUGAAAGGAGAUGGUUGCGAAUAUAGUUUCUGUAUCUAAUUUUGGAUCUGUCACUCCACCUAGUUCUUUGUCUAAUCAAAAAUCUUCGUCUGUAUCGAUGUACAUUUCUCAGCGACAGUAAUUCUUGGUAAGGUUAUCAAAAUUUUGAAUUUUCUGUAUGCGCAAUCAUAGUUAGUUGAAUAAGUUAUUUCCUUAAAACAUAUUGAGAUAUAGACUUUGAUUAUGCAUCGAUUAAAUUAACUAUAGAGAAAGAAGUAUUAUAUUUUUGAUGAGUAGAAUGCUCUGGUAAAAACGUAAAUAAAAGAAUCAAAGUACGGACUAUAAGCAAUAAAGACAAAAAUAUUAUUAAUAAUUGUGAACUCCUUAUGAGUUAUUAUUUCUUAGCUAUAUCUAAAUAUGUUUUAAGUUUUAUAUAUUUUAUCAUCAAAAGCUUGAUUAUACUGAAGGAUAACGAAAAGGUUUCUUUAUCCAUCUUCUUUGAUUGAUCUCUUAAAUAUUGUGGCUUUUUGGCUGUUUUCAUCUUGUGGUGUGGUGAUCAUGAAUUCUGUUUUAUUAUCAACUGAACGAUUAAAAUUAACUAUAAUUCUAUCAACAUUAGCUGGUUUAUUCAAUCCAUUAUACUUUUGGUCCCUGAAGAUAUUAAUACCAGUAUCCAAUCUGGACCUUACCAACUAGCCAUUUGAUUAUAUUUUCAGUGUCAAUCACCAAAUUGUGGGAUGAUCUCAGUGAAAAUUUCACAGAUUAGACACAUUUUGUUGUUAGUCUAAACCUUUUCUGUAUCCGUUCUGUGUUUUUCUUGAUCCUUCACUAUAUGUAAUUUAUUUAAAUUCAUCAAGUUUGUCAUCGCAAUUUCCUAUUACAUUUAAGCAUUUUCAGAAAUUCUAACCAUUUAAGAUAUACGUACUUAAAUAAAUAAUAAAAAAAACAUAAAUUCUUUGUUUUUGUUUUGCGACAACAAUGUCGAAUUGUCGUUUGUAAUGUCGAUAGAUUAUUGUGAUCUUAUUUCUUUACUUUGUUUUGUUUUUACAAACGGAGUUAUUUUUGUUUAUUUUUUAUUUGCUUAUUUAGAAGUGGUAGGCGUAUUUGUGUAACUCCAUUCAAAAAUUGUUUUAUUUUUUCUAAAACCUGCGUCGUGUCGCGUCUAUAUUUUGCUCAGACUGAAUUUCAUUAUAUAGUGUUGCAAUUUUUCUAUCGAUAUUUUAUACUGACAGUUGACACUGAAAUAUUUCUUGUGUUUGUCGAAGUUAUUUUUGUUUGCUUAAUAACUUCGACAAAUAAAAGUUAUUAUUUCAAGUUGUCGUAUUACAGUAUUCUGGCCAAUUUUAUAUGUUUCUCGUUUAGUAUUUAGGGCGACUAAAUGACAAUACAUAUAAAGUAUUAACUCAAAAAUAUUCCCUUUAUUUUAUAAGUUUUGCGAGACACAAUUUUCUUGCCAAUAAUUUUAGCGAAUUUUAUUGUUUAUUUUAUUUUUUAAAAAUUCCUCUACGUCUUUUUUUAUUAAAAGUUUUUCAAUUGUUAGAGGAUUUUUUUUGGAAUUCGCUAGUAAUUGUUGGCCUCAAGCUUUUGGUAGAUAUUUUAUUUUUUUUGAAUUUCUACAAAAAGUUUGAUUAGUUUAUUAUGUCUCAGCCUUCUCAUAUAAGUAUUAUGUAUUGCUUUCAAUUUUUUGUAUGGUUUGUGUAUGGACUUUGCCUACGUAGGUAGUAUGAUCCCUUAUUUGUAAAUACCUAUUUUAAGUGUUUAAUUAUUAAAUGUAUUUUGCGACUGUUAACUAAAUAAAAAGAGGAAAGUUCUAA